AUGAAACCUGCAUUUCAAUCGAGACAUCUUGUCCUACUUCGACCAAUACGAAGAUCAAUUCAUUCUUCGAUUAUCAUAUCACAACAGCAACAGCCAGCAAUAAUUACGCCAUUGGAACUUUAUAAUAAAAGAGUAGACCAAGGAAAAUUACGUGAUGAUCCAUAUCAACGAAAGAUUAUUACAUCAUUAUCAGUCCUUCAUGAGAAUUUAUCAACCUAUACUCCACCAGAAGUGACAACUCCCGAUAUAUCUGAAUUGAAACCGAGAAUAGGAGUUCGGAAAAUCUUUGGUUCAUUCUUUGGGAAAGGGAAGAAUAAUAAUAGCAUGAAAAUCAACGAUGAAGGAGAUGCGAAUGAAAUCAAAGGGAUUUAUUUAUAUGGAGAUGUAGGAUGUGGGAAAACUAUGUUGAUGGAUUUAUUUUAUCUGACAAUACCUAAAGAUUUACCAAAAACCAGAAUUCAUUUCCAUCAAUUUAUGCAAAAUUUACAUAAACGAUCACAUCAAUUAAAGAUGGAAUAUAGUGCCAGUCACGGCGGGGGACAAGAUUUGGAUGUUAUCCCAUUGUUGGCGGUGGAAAUUGCUCAGAAGUCCACGGUAUUAUGUUUUGAUGAGUUUCAAGUCACUGAUGUUGCUGAUGCGAUGUUAUUACGUCGAUUAUUAAUGAUUUUAUUACUGAAACAAUAUGGAGUUAUUUUGUUUGCUACUUCAAAUAGAGCACCUGAUGAUUUAUAUUUGAAUGGGAUUCAAAGGGUUAGUUUUAUUCCAUGUAUUCAAUUGAUUAAAAAUCAAACUAGAGUGAUUUAUUUAAAUUCUCCCACUGAUUAUAGAAAAGUUCCAAAACCAAUUAGUUCAGUUUAUUAUUUCCCCAAACCAGGAGUUAAAUGGGAUCUGAAGACAAAUUUAAGGAAUCGUGAAGAACAUAUUAAAUCAUGGUAUGAUUAUUUUAAUCGAGAAAAUGAUGAUCAAUCAAUUCAAUCUGAUUAUUCAUUAACUGUUUGGGGUAGAGAACUUAAAAUACCUAAAUGUUCUCCUGAAUAUGUUGCCCAAUUUACCUUUCAUGAAUUAUGUGGAAUGCCAAGAUCAGCCGGGGAUUAUUUAAUGUUGGCAAAUAGUUUCCAAUCAUUUAUAGUUACUGAUAUUCCAUAUCUUAGUAUUGAUGUUCGAGAUUCAGUUAGAAGAUUUAUUACAUUUUUGGAUGCAGUAUAUGAUGCUCAUGGAAGAUUGGCAGUAACUGCAGCAGCACCAUUUAAAGAUUUAUUUGUAGAACCUGAAGAUCUUCAAAGAGGAAAUUAUAAAUUAUAUAAAAAAACCCUUGAAAAGGAGAAUGCAUUAGAAGAACAUUUUAAAAAUGAUGAAUUGGUUACAAAACAUGGAUUUGAUAAGGUGGUUGCUAAAAAGGCCAAUAUAUUUGCUAAUGACGAAGAAAAAUUUGCAUUUGCUCGUGCAUUAAGUAGAUUAGCACAAAUGAGUACAACUGAAUGGAUCGAUGACGUAAGAGAUUUAAAUUAA